UCUGAUGAGAUAGGCAUCAGUAUAAUGAUGGAACAAGAUGAUUUACAAGAUGGCAGCUCUGUUGUGUGCCUUUUUCAUAUUUGACAUUAGUUACAAAAGAAUCCCAAACUGUGGAAUAGGUAACACUACCAAAUGUAGAAACAGAAGGUUGCCAAGAUCUCUUAGAAAUUUUAACCCGGAACUUGAUGUCCAUUUCUAUCUCUUUACCAAAUAUAACCCUUAUGAUGCGCACGAGAUUUUUCCAGAGAAUCCAUCAACACUAUUUAUUUCACAUUUUGAUUUCAACAAAACUACAAAAAUCCUGAUUCAUGGAUGGAAAAACACUGGAAAUUCAACUUUUAGCUUGACUCUGAGAAAUGCAUAUAUUGCCCACAUGAGUGUGAAUGUGAUCAUUGUGGACUGGCACAAGUUGUCUCACCACUCAUACCGUCAAUCUCGUCGGUUCAUGGAUCUCGUGGCGGUCAGGAUAGCUCAACUGUACGAUUUCCUGCGGCAGUACGUAGCGAGGGAGACCAUCCACGUUAUCGGUCACAGCCUCGGAGCUCAUGUGGCCGGUAUCGUGGGGGAGAUUGUCAAAAUGGGAAAAAUCUACAGGAUUACAGGGUUAGAUCCAGCCGGGCCUCUGAUUAACAAGCAUGUGACCAAUGGAAGACUGGACAAGUUAGACGCCCAGUUUGUAGAUGUGAUUCACACCAGUGGCUUUGCUCUCGGGUUCUAUUCUCCACUGGGACACGCAGACUUUUACCCAAACAGAGGAGUGCCUAUACAGCCUGGCUGUGGUGUCGAUGUUGUUGGAAAAUGCAGCCACCGAAGGUCAUACCACCUGUUCAAGGAAUCCAUAUCGAAGCAAUCUCAGUUUAUGGCAGCUCCAUGUCCAAGUUGGAGACAGUUUAGACAGCACAAGUGUUACUCCCAAUGGCAUCGUAUGGGGGAACAUGUUGAGUAUGGGAUUGAAGGAAAGUUUUAUCUGCAGACAGGCGAUACUCCCCCUUAUGGCCUCGGGUACCAGAAGAACGUUACUGCAUUUACAACUAAACUGUCUAGGACUCAUAUGAGGUUUGUCAACUUCCUACUGAAACACCACUUGUGUUCCGGGUGUAAAUUAAAAACCUGGAAGCAGAAACAGCUGGAGAACCGAUAUCGAUUACUUAAACGGAUUUUGGCAGUAUGGAAUUUACCUAUGUUUUAAUUGUAUUAAAAAGUUAGAAAAAAGGUGUAUACUACUUUACUGAUAUAAAUAUAGUUUGUUAUUAGAUUGUUUUCAAGAUAUAAACUGUUUUGUAACAUGUUAAGUUUUAUACUUUUGCAAUGUCCUUAAUUAAUAGUGAAUAGUAAUUGACAAUAGCUCUAAUAAAAGAGCUUCUAAAUUUAAAAAAUUCUACCUUUAGGCAAUAGAAAUCAAAUUUGGAGAGGGGGGUGCUUUUUUUCCAUAAACUCUGUGUGUUUCUAGAUUUAUUGAGGUUAAUUCAUUUCUACACAAACAAAUUCACUCAUUUCUAAAUACAAAAAGCUAUGUUGUUUUGCAUAUUUCAACUUUAAGAGAACUAUUCAAUAAAUUAAGAGAAGAAAUUUUGUAAUGAC